CUAAGCGCGGUUGCGGGAAAGCUCCGUCAUUCCACUUUACCAGUAAGUUUCGCACAUCGUUUUUCUCCGGCAAACGGCGAAACUUGUUCCCAUGAGAUGGGAAAUGGAGAUGGACGAGCUGGAAGCAGUGCUUGAGAAAAUCUGGGACUUGCACGACAAGCUCAGCGACGCCAUCCUCGCCAUCACCCGAUCCCAUUACCUCCACUCCCUCAAAUCCCUCCGCAAAUCUGACGCUGCCGUUUUGGCCCCCUCUGGCAACAAGGCCGACGAUGACCUCCGGGCUGGGUUCGUGUUCGUGAAGGACUUCCCGGUCGACGACGAUUACUCGGCCGUUCAGGAGGCGAAGUCGCUCAAGGCCAUCCGAACCGCCCUCGAGAAUGUCGAGGACCAGCUCGAGUUCUUCCACACCGUACAAGUGCAGCAGAGGGCGGAGAGAGAUGCCGCGAUUGCACGCCUAGAGCAAAGCCGAAUUAUCCUCGCGAUGAGAUUGGCUGAACACCACGGUAAGAAGUACAAGGUCAUUGAGGAAGCUUUAGCUUUUGUGGCGGAUGUACGCGAUGCAGGUCGCUUUGUUUCACCCGAUAACCUUUAUGGUUCUGCUCCAUUUCGACCUGGCGAGCACUUUGCACCCUGUGAAGGUAGAAGAUCAAGUAAUCUCAUCAAGUUUCUCAUAUCCGGAUUUGAGUUCGCCAAGAAAUCCCUUAAAAUAGAUCAAAUGGGCGGAAUAUUGGGCAAUGCCGCGCUGGUUGCAAUCAGCAUGCUUGCUCUGCUGCAUUUGCACCAAGUUCCUUACCAGGGAGAGCAGGUCUUAGAAGUCCCAGGAGAACAAGAAGAUGCAGCAGGCUACAACACGAGUGGUAGGAAGGUAUCUUCUUGGUUGGAGGAUUCAUCAUCCACUGGGCAUUUGACAAACUUGGAUGUGAUGUUGGCGAGGGGCUAAACUUGGAUCUCUUCUUUUGUUUUGUUUUGUUGAUUCUAUAGUCCAUUUAUCCCACGGGAAUUGGUUGCUUGAAUUUUUGAAUGUAUGUAUGUAAUGGAGGAGAUUUAUAUUUUGAUUUUUAUUCCUCUUUCAA